AUGUCCCAGGGCGCCGGCACCCAGGACACGGACGAUAGCGACCCCGACGAGGGCGACGCCGACUACGGCAACGCCAUCCUCUCCGGCGUUGAGGCGCACGUCGUCAAGAGGGAGGAGUACCGGUGUCUGGACGCGGAGCAGGUGCUCGAACGGCAGCGUGAGGCCGUGCGGGGGGUCACGCAGGUGCUACAGGUCACACAGGACGACGCUACCCAGCUCCUGAGGGCGUUCAAGUGGAACGUCAACAGGGUGAACGACGAAUGGUUCGGCGACGAGGAGGGCAUCAGGGAAAAGGUUGGGCUGGAGUCGUCCUCAUCCGCGCCCGAUGAAGCGAGCGGGAUGGUGGACGACGGCGCCGAGGUGACGUGCUCGGUGUGCUACGACGAGUUUCCCGCGUCGAAACACACGCACGUGGGAUGCGGUCACAACUUCUGCGCCACGUGCUGGAGCGGAUACCUGGAGAACGCGGUGUCAGACGGUCCCAGCGUCUUGGACCUGAGGUGCCCGCAGGAGGGGUGCAAGCGGCGGGUGCCCGAGCCGAUGGCCAAGAGGUACCUGAAGGGAGAGAGCGCCGAAAGGUUGGACGUGUUCAAGUGGAGGUCGUGGGUAGACGAUAACCCCCGCGUGAAGUGGUGCACGGGCGCCGGGUGCGAGGUGGCGGUGCUGUGCCACGGGGACCGGGGCGAGGGCCCGGUGGACGUUCACUGCGGAUGCGGCGCGUCGUUCUGCUGGUCCUGUCAGGAGGAUGCGCACCGCCCGGUGGACUGCGAGACGGUAAAGAAGUGGCUCGUGAAGAACAGCGCCGAGUCGGAGAACAUGAACUGGAUCCUGGCCAACACCAAACCGUGCCCGGCGUGCAAGCGGCCCAUAGAGAAGAACCUGGGGUGCAUGCACAUGGUCUGCUCGCAGUGCAAGUUUGAGUUUUGCUGGAUGUGCUGCGGCAAAUGGAGCGAACACGGGGAGCGCACGGGCGGUUACUACGCGUGCAACAAGUACUCCCAGUCCCGGGAGAAGGAGGGCGCGAGCGAGGAGGAGAAGCGAAGGGCGGCGGCGAAGCAGUCUCUGGAGAGGUACACCCACUACUACGAGCGGUGGGCGGCUCACGGCGCGUCGCAGACCAAGGCGGCGAAGGACCUGGCCGAAAUGAGGGAGGCGAAGAUAUUGCGGCUGGGUGACCUGCAGAACACCCCGGUGUCCCAGCUGAAGUUCGUGCUCGAGGCUAUGGAGCAGAUCGCCGAGUGCCGCCGGGUGCUCAAGUGGACAUACGGCUACGGGUAUUACUGGAUGGAGGAGGACGGGCUCCGGAAGAAGUUCUUCGAGUUCAUCCAAGGUGACGCGGAGUCCACGCUGGAGCUACUGACGGAGGCGGUGGAGAAGGACCUGGAGGAGUUCUUCACCGAGGAGAAGAGCCUGGCGGACUUUGCUGACUUCCGGGGCCGGCUCACGGGUCUCACCACCACCGUCAAGAAGUACUUCACCACGAUGGUCACGGAGCUGGAGGAGGGUCUGCCCGGGGUUGGGAGCGAAGUGGUGCGGGCCGUCAGCCUAGAAGCGACCCCCGCGGCGGAGGAACCCCCGAAACUCCGAAGGAGCGCACGGCUGGCGUGA